CAUAAAUUACAGAGCCCACUUGUACAUUAGAUUUCAGGGAUCUUAUCAGCCUCUGUCAAAUCCGUUCAUAGACCCACGCAAAGGGUCCGGAACCACAGAUGAAGACUCCUACUCUAGAGACAGAUGUGGUAGUGCCAUGAGGCACUCAUGUGAGGCGAGCAUGGGGGAUGACAGGGUGGUGUGCUGGGACACUACAGACGCUGGAAACUGAAACGAGCUAAUGAUUUGUCCUCAAGUUUGGGGGCUGGUGGUUCAGUUCUCUCCUCAGCCUGCCUGCAUUAACCUGGGGACAAUGUGGGCCUGGGCACUGUGGAUGUUCCUUCUACUCUGCAAAUUCAGCCUGGCAGUUCUCCCAGCUAAGCCUGAGAACAUUUCCUGUGUCUUUUACUACGAGGAAAAUUUUACCUGCACCUGGAGUCCAGAGAAAGAAGCCAGUUAUACAUGGUACAGAGUGAAGAGAACGUACUCUUAUGGACAUAAAAGUGAUAUUUGCCCAACUGAUAAUUCUACAAGGGGAAAUCAUGCUUCUUGCUCCUUUCUUCCUCCAACAAUAACAAACCCAGAUAAUUACACCAUUCAAGUGGAAGCUCAAAAUCCAGAUGGUAUAAUUAAAUCUGAUAUAACACAUUGGAAUUUAGAUGCCAUAAUGAAAAUUGAACCACCUGAGAUUUUCAGUGUGAAAUCAGUUUUGGGCAUCAAACGAAUGCUUCAAAUAACAUGGAUAAGGCCUGUGUUGGCUCCUUUUUCAUCUACUUUAAAAUACAGUCUUCGAUUCAGAACAGUAAAUAGUGCCCACUGGAUGGAAGUCAACUUCACCAAAGAAGAUAUCGAUAGAGAUGAGACCUACAAUCUCACAGGGCUGCAGGCUUUUACAGAGUAUGUUGUAGCUCUGCGAUGUGCCCCUGCGGAGUCCAUAUUCUGGAGUGGUUGGAGCCAAGAGAAAGUGGGAACAACUGAGGAAGAAGGCAAGCUGGAUAAGCUAAAUCUGAAGGAGUUUGAUGACCCUGUGAACAUGGAAGAAGACAGGGUUCUAAAACUGUACUCGGCCCCCAGUGACUUUAUUGACAAGUUGGUGGUGAACUUUGAGAAUUUUUUGGAAGAGGUUUCCCCAGAGGAACCUGGAAAGGGUCAGGAAAACAUUUUGAGAGAGGAAAAGAAUGAGUAUAUGACUUCUCCAUAUUGGCCUUAUCGUCCUCCCAUUUCAACCGAGAUUCCACGGAGAAAAUCCCAACAGCUGUGCUCUAGAAUAUUAGAAGGGACAUGCUCAGAAACCAAAGAGCAACCACUCUCUUCUGUUCCCAGUUUAGGGCCAGAGCAUCUCUGUGAGGAAGGAGAACCAAAUCCAUACUUGAAAAAUUCAGUGACAACCAGAGAAUUUGUCACAUCUGAAAAACCUCAAGACGAAGCCAAAAGAGAAGUUUAGUUGUUGCUGUGGCUCAAAUCCCUCUGGGUCUCAGUUUGGGUGACUCCUGCAGAGAGCAUAUAUCAUGACUUGGCCAGAAGAGCUUCCUUGGCUGUCUCCCCACCCUUGCUUGUGUUAGAGAAACUCUCACACACCCCUGAGUGGCUUGUUGAGCUUGGUUGGCACAAACGUGUAACUUGCCUGAGAAGAAGGGAUGGUCAUAUGUCUGAGCACGUUGCCCAGGAAAAGCAGUUUAUGUAUUUAUUUUUUUUCAAUUUCA